AUGCAACGAUGCUUUCCCCAGUUGUGGGAGAGGUUAGUAAGAGUAGUAAAAGAACUUUUGCGCCGACAACUGGGGAAAGCAUCGUUGCAUUAUGUAGAGCUGUACACAGUGUUAUGCGACAUAGAGUCGGUGAUAAAUCAAAGACCACUUACCUAUGUUUCUGAAGUCGAUGAGUUUGAGGUUUUAACUCCAUCAAGUUUUUUAAAGCCAUUACAGGGUAAUUCCGAUGAGGUUGUUGAUUUAGACAUCGUGGAUUCAGAAUUUUUUAAAGGUAGGUUUCGUCAUAUUAAAAAUUUAAGGCAAAUGUUACGCGACAGAUUUAGGAAAGAAUACCUUGCGGAACUAGUAAAUUAUGGUCAAAGAAGAGGAGAUUCAGUGAAGGUUGGUGAUGUAGUAAUGGUUGGUUCCGACAACGUCAAAAGAAUAAACUGGCCCAUGGGCAAAAUCAUUGAAGUAUAUUCUGGGCAAGAUGGCAUCCAAAGGGUCGCAAAAGUUAAGACAAAAAAUGGUGUAUUGGUUCGUCCAUGUCUACGACUAUAUAGAGUUGAACUACCUAUCAAUGAUAUUCAAGAAAAUUUAAGAAAAGACAAAGAAGAAUCAACAGAACAAGAUAAGUCAGAAAAGGGUAAAAAGUCAAGGUAUGGAAGAACAUUGAAGACUCCACAUAAAUUCACUGCCGCCUGA